AUGGCAACUAGAGAAGUCUACAUCGGACAGCGCCGCUCGUACGGCGGCGCUCUCUGCACAGUCCGGUACCAAGGGCCACUCCCGGGACUGAAGGGCGAAUGGAUCGGUGUUGAAUGGGACGACCCUACGCGUGGGAAACACGACGGGCAGCAGGAAGGCAUACGGCUGUUUGAAUGUCUGUCGCCAUCUCCCACGGCGGCAUCAUUCAUCCGACCAUCGAGAACCCCAGACUCAGAACGAACGGUCCUCGAGGCGAUCAAGUUCAAGUAUGCGCCCAAGCAGCCGUCCCCGUCGGCCAAUGGCGCCAGGGGAUCCGCGGAAGCGAUUGCAAUAUCCGGGAAGGUCGUCGAGGAAGUGGGCUUUGACCGGAUCCAAGCUCAGCUGUCGGUGCUGGCGGACCUGAAGAUUGUGCUGGUCGAUGAACUCGUAGUCUCGGGGGUGGCGAGGCGCGGCGCGUCGAGCGACGAGAUCAGAGCCGCGCAAGAGGAACUCGCGAGCACGUGUCCGAACUUGGUCGAGCUCGACGUCGGGUGGAACGCAAUCGAGACGUGGGCGGACGUGGGCGACAUUUGCGCGCCGCUGAAAAAGCUGAAGAUACUCAAGGCGAGCGGACUGCGACUGCGCUCUUUCAAGGCUCAGGUAAGCCCCUCCGAUGGAGCGGAGAAUCCGUUUCGAAACAUCGAGGAGUUGCAUCUCGGCGAGUGUCUCCUCUCCCCCGAGCAGAUUGUCCAGAUCCUCUCGCCGUCAUCCGGCGGCGGCGGUGGUGAGUCCACGGCAUUCCCGAACCUGAAGACCCUGGUCCUCUCAUCGAACAACUUGCACUUUUUCGUCAAGGGAAAAGGCCCGGAAGGGAGAACGCCGAGCGUGACGACGGUCGUCCUGGACAACAACAAGUUCGAAGACCUGAGUUCGCUACCGAACCUGGUCGCAUUGUUCCCCAACAUGUCGUCGUUGUCGUUGCAGGGCAAUUCAAUAUCAAAGUUCAAUCUGGACGGUCUACGAGGGUCAGACUCGAUCAGAUUCGAAACCCUCGAAACACUCAAUCUGGCGCGAAACGACAUACCGGGUUACGAUUUCGUCGACGGCCUGCCUGGACUGUUCCCCAACUUGACGAACUUGCGGAUCUCGAGAAACCCUCUGUACGAGAGCGCGGUGCACGGAGAGGAACGUGACGAACAGGAUCUGGAACAGAGACGGCACUCAAGAACGGUGGACUCGACAAACUAUUAUCUAACGCUUGCCAGGGUGCCUGGGCUGAAGUCGUUGAACUAUACGACCAUUACGGACCGGGACAGGGAGGAGGGCGAGAUCUAUUAUCUGUCGGUCACGGAGAAGGAAAUCAUUCCUCUUCUCGAGGCGUCAGGCGACGAGAGACACGCAGCGCGCAGCGCGGAAGACGUGGAACAGCGCGCGAGGAAGGCGCGGAGGGCGUAUCCGCUCUACACCAGCCUGUGCGCGAAGUACGAUCGCGAAGAUGUCAUUGCGCGAUUCGUGGAGGAGAGGAUUCAGGCUGAGCGACGGGGGAGAGACGGCGCGUCGAAGGCAAAGGGACAAGUGUCGGAGCUGGACAGUUACGCUCCUGGAACGCUGGGAUCUAGACUCGUCGAGGCGCACUUUUACAUCCCACUACCAUUCGCCUCAUCGUCUACGAUAACAUCAGAGAGCGGCGCGACCAAAUCGCAGUGGGUGCCGCAGAAGACCGCGUAUCAGCGGUUCCUGCCCACGACGAUCUCCGUUUAUAGACUUAAAGCACUGUUGGCGAAGCAAUUCGGAAUGCCGGCGUUGCAGUUCAGGCUAGUCUACGAGUCUCACGAGUAUGACCCUGUCGAGCCGAUCUCGCGAACAACACGCCAAGACGGCAUCGCAGGGAAGAACUGGGAUACCUGGGGUGAUUGGGACGUGGAUGACGUUCAGAGCGGCGGCGGCGGUGGCGAGGAAGAGUCCGCCGGCCACGACGACGUGAUGAAUGAGUCCAACAACGACGCGGCGCAAUUGUCUCCUUCGGCCUUCAUCGUCCGCCAAGGGCAGCGGUUCAAGAAGCGCGAGACGGAGAUCCUAGACGGUAUGCGUGCCUGGGGUGACUUUCUCGACCUGACGGCCGCGGAUGGGUCGAGGAGAAGAGACGUGCGAGUGAGAGUUGAACCUCAGUUACGCUGA